GGCGGCAGUAGGUCAGUCGUCGUAUUCGAGCUCCAGUGGUAGCAGCAGCAGAAGCAGAGCUUUGUGUUGGUGUUGUGUUUGUGUAGUGUGUGCAUUGCAACGGUGCAAGUGCGUGUCGAAGGCAUUAGUUCAGGCUUGCAUCAGUUUCUGAAACUGAUCACCUCCUGUCAUUAGUUUCUUGCUGCAUUGUUCGCAGCAACCUUGAAACGUUAACAUGAGCCAUGAAACAGAGAAGUAUUUAGUUUGCCCAUACAACACUGCCCACACGAUUUUAAAAUACCGUAUGAAUACGCAUCUUGUGAAGUGCAGGAAACAGCACGCAUCCCUCGAUUGGGGCCGUUGUGUUCACAACAGCAAUCAUCAUAUGCCCAAGGCAGAACUUCCGCACCAUGAAAAUCAUGAAUGCCCUAAUCGGCACAGCUUUCAAGCGUCUAUUGUUACUUUCAACAACGAGGAAUUUAAGAGCCUUGCUCCAAUAGAGCACAUUGAGCUGCCGGAUUCAGGAGAAAAUUGGGACGAUGGAGCUGUUAAUUGCUUUGACCCCAAGGAAAACGCUAGGCAAAAGUCAAUCAUCAGAGGCGUGCAUUGUGUACCUCCUGCUGAAAGAAAGGCUUUCAGGGCUGAGCAUCGGAGGCACAUCCAGCAGAGGGAUGAAGAUGAAAGUCUCAAGGGUGUUACCAAAGCCAAGGUGAAAGCGGAACCUAUGAAGCCCAAAGAAAAUGCGACUUUAGAACCCCUCAGAUAUCCAAAAGAACUACCUAAGGGAUUCCUUGGGCGAGGCCAACCAAGUGCUUCAACAUCAAGCAGUUCUUCAGCCGGCCCUGUAAAUCCAGGAGCGGCAGGGCCUGCUCUCCAGGGUGUGCAGUGGAGCGGCCUUGGCAGAGGCAGCAUUCAAGAAGGAGCAUCUUACCAACCGACUGGUGCUUGGGGAAGAGGAAGGCCAAGGAUCUGAUUCAAUCGUUUCACUUGUGAACUAAGAAACUAUGUUUAUCAUGUUGUUAAGUUACUUCAUUUCAUAUUAAUUUCAUUUCAGUCAAAAUGAAGAGCGAGAAGAAUUUGAUUAAUUUGUUAACUCGUUUACUAUGUAACACUCAUUGGUCAAAGUUAUUCCAUUUUCACUAUUUUUAAUUUUCAUUACAAUAUAUUUCUUGUAAGAUCAAAAUA